GGUACCGUUUGGCUUGUCUGACUAUUUGAAGAAGCCCUACUCAAAAGUCUCCUGCCCGGUCGACCAGACUGAAUUAACUGACUUCUACUGUUCUCAAUCUCUCUUCAUCUCCAACUGAGCUCUCUUGUUCAACAAGCAAUAGCCCUAGCCGCAAUCGAGACUCAAUUCCCGCCAGCCCAUGGACCAGUAAAUUAUCUGAUUGUUGCAUGUCUGAUUCGUCCAUUUGUCAGACGUAGAAUCUUUAUGGAAUCCACUGUUUGUUAAUAUUCAAACAUUGUCGGUUUGAACUAUAACGGAUAUGUCCGAUAUGGAAUUUCAAGAUUCAUCUGUUUCACGAGCUGAAGAAAUCAAAGUUCUUGCUAAUGAAGCUUUUAAAGCCCAUAAGUAUGGUCAGGCUAUUGAUCUAUAUACGCAAGCGAUUGAAUUAAAUGGUCAGAAUGCUGUUUACUGGGCUAAUCGUGCAAUUGCCCAUACUAAAUUGGAGGAGUAUGGCAGUGCAAUACAGGAUGCUUCGAAGGCUAUUGAAAUUGAUCCUAAAUAUUCAAAGGGUUAUUACAGGCGAGGUGCUGCUUUUCUUGCUAUGGGAAAAUUCAAAGAAGCACUAAAGGACUUCCAACAGGUCAAGAAAAUCAGCCCAAAUGAUCCUGAUGCUACCAAGAAAUUAAAGGAAUGUGAGAAGGCUGUAAUGAAGCUUAAGUUUGAAGAAGCAAUUGCUGCACCUGAGUCUGAAAGGCACUCAGUAGCUGAUUCUAUCGAUUUUCACAAUAUAGGGACUGGCCCCAGUUCAUCAUCCAUGCCCACCCAAGUGGCCAUGGCACCAGUAGCAGCAGCAGUUUUGGCGGCAGCUGUAAUUUUGGUGGGAAGGGAAACAGCUGCGAUUGUUUUGGCAGUAUUGAUGGUGAUACUGGUGGUCAUAGGGGCAUGUUGGUGGGGUGGCUGGAGGGGUAGAGGUGUUUUUAGCAAGAGACAGAUACUUGACCUAGAGGUGGAGCCACAGUAUUCGGGUGCAAGGAUAGAGGGAGAUACUGUUACUUUGGAUUUCGUCAAGAAAAUGAUGGAUGAUUUCAAAAAUCAAAAUUGCUUGCACAAACGGUAUGCAUUCCAGAUAGUAUUGCAAACAAGAGAAAUGUUACGAGCCCUGCCUUCUUUGGUUGAUAUAAAUAUUCCUGAUGGGAAGCAUUUCACUGUUUGUGGAGAUGUACAUGGUCAGUUCUAUGAUCUGUUAAACAUAUUUGAGCUGAAUGGUCUUCCCUCUGAAGAGAACCCGUAUCUGUUCAAUGGCGAUUUUGUGGAUAGGGGAUCAUUUUCUGUGGAGGUCAUCCUCACAUUGUUUGCAUUCAAGUGCAUGUGUCCAUCAGCCAUAUAUCUUUCUAGAGGAAAUCAUGAAAGCAAGAGUAUGAACAAGAUAUAUGGUUUUGAGGGUGAGGUCAGAUCAAAAUUGAGCGAGACCUUUGUGGAACUCUUCGCAGAAGUCUUUUGUUGUUUACCUUUGGCUCAUGUAAUAAAUGAUAAGGUAUUUGUAGUUCAUGGAGGUCUUUUUAGUGUCGAUGGGGUGAAGCUAUCUGACAUUAGAGCCAUUGAUCGGUUUUGUGAGCCUCCUGAGGAAGGGUUGAUGUGUGAAUUGCUAUGGAGUGAUCCGCAGCCUUUCCCAGGAAGAGGUCCUAGCAAGAGGGGUGUAGGACUUUCUUUUGGUGGAGAUGUGACAAAAAAAUUUUUGCAGGAAAAUAAUCUAGAUUUAGUUGUACGAUCUCACGAAGUAAAGGAUGAAGGUUUUGAGAUUGAGCAUGAUGGCAAACUUAUUACUGUUUUCUCUGCUCCAAAUUAUUGUGAUCAGAUGGGUAAUAAGGGCGCAUUUAUACAAUUUGAAGCCCCAGAGUUGAAGCCAAAUAUUGUUACGUUCUCAGCAGUGCCUCACCCAGACGUUAAGCCGAUGGCAUACGCCAACAACUUCCUUCGAAUGUUCUCGUAGUGUGUAUUGCAUGUGGAAUGGUUAAGCCUGCAUUAUUCUUUGCCAUAAGAGAAUAGCUCUGCUGCGAAAUUGCAAGCUGUUUCAGGAGGCAACUGGAGAGGAGCUGGUUCAUAUUGACAAAUUCAGCAUUUUAAGUUUGUUUUUAAAAAUUCUUUUCAAGGUUGUAGUUGUAAAACGUACUUGGCAAGAACAUUGCUGCCUUUGUAAAAUGUAUGAAUUUUUUUUCUGGUCUUAUUUAGUUCAUUAUUUUCAUGUUA